AGUCACUCCCCGCUCAAAAAACCCGAUAAAAUUAUAGAUCUCUAAACAUAACCUCUCACUAUUAUUCUUCGGCGUCGAUUAAUACGUUCAUAAUGCCGGUCCGCGCCCCAGCCAGGAAACUAGAUGAAUUCGAAGACCUUGUUUAUCAGUACUCUAAUGGCAUGAAUAGACAAGAUGACGAAGAGCGCUGGGAUAUUGAUUCGGCUGCUGCCGAUCUUCGCUUUGAAUCCGCAACUCAGGGCCCCCCAGCCCGAGUCUCAUUCCUGUUGAAUGUAACCCCCAAGAUGUGUAAUCCCGUGGGAACACUCCACGGGGGCUGCGCUGCUACGUUGAUUGAUAUUCUAUCGACUACACUCCUCCUGGGUCUCUCAAAACCGGGGUACUUCUCCUUUGGUGGAGUGAGUCGGAACCUCAGAGUGACGUACCUGCGUCCGCUCCCUAAAGGCCUCGAGAUCCGACUAGUAUGCGAGUUGAUCCAUACGGGGAAGCGGUUGGCACUAAUGCGCGCGGAGAUCCAACGAGCUGAUAAUGGCGCUGUCUGUGUGGUGGGUGAACAUGAGAAAGCCAAUACGGAUCCUGAGGCGGAUGGGAGAAUCUGAUUUUACCGUCAUACAUGUUUGGUUUUCUAUCUUUUGUUCUUUUACGCUA